UUCCAGCAGCGGCAGUCGAAGUUGUAGCGAAGUUUUGGAGCACUCGAGUGCCAGAAGUCCUACCAGUCGCUACCGAAGAGUCACGUCCACGAGUUGAAGGCAAUCCCUGCACGCCAAGAUGCGCGUUUUCCUGAUCGGCUUGCUGGCCCUGGGUUCCGCAAGGGCCUUUUCUGUGAUCCGCACGCAGCCGCAUCCGCAGCUGGUGGCCUACGCCCCGGCCAGAGGGGAGUUCCCGGUGGUGAGUGGCUUGGCCCAGGGCUACGUCCGCUACUACGACGGCACGGGAGCAGAGCGACUGCUGCCCUACAACUACCCAGAACCGCUGAACGGCAUCCGCGACCUGUCCACCUCUAACCUAGUCCGCUCCCCUAGUCUGGAGGGGCAGGAGAGCCAGCAGACCGCCCUGUUCCGUGCCUGGUGCGAGCAACGCUAUCAGGCCAUGCGCACGGAACUGGAUCGCCUGAAGGCCCAGGGCCUGAAGCCCACGGCCAGCAUGCUGGCUCAGUUUGAGCCUCUGGAGCAGAUCGUCAAGUUUGCCGCCUUCGAAGCCGUUCCCGGACUGUCCCCGGAUGUCCAGUGGGCCCGGGAUGAGCAGCUACGCAUCUGGAACGAAGCCAGGCUGGAGGUUCUGCGUGCCGAGCAGGCUCAGCAGCUGCUCGCUCAGUCCCCGGGGUACCAGUUCAGAAAGGAAGAGAUCCCAGUAAUGUUCGGCCAGCCUCUGCAGCAACAGUUUGCUCCCAGCCAGGAGAACGUGCUGACCAAAACCACAACUCAAUACGCUGCUCAUCCCGUUGAGGAGACUGCGGAAGUGAAAUUGGCCCGCCAGGAACAUCUCAAGCAGUUCAAUGAGGCGCUCAUCCGGCAGCCUGCCCAGGAAGCCAUCAUCCUUAAGGCCGUUCCUGGAAUUCAGCAGCCAAUCACUACCCAGCCUCAGACGAUCAUAAAGAGCACGACCAGCACCUUUGAGACCCAGCCAGCAGGCCAACCCCAGGGCAUCUUCCAAAGCGGCAGCUUCGCAGAUCAGCACACCCCACAGCCCAUUGACGAAACUCCAGAAGUGAAGAAGGCUCGCGAGGAGCACCUCAAGCUGUUUAAUGAGGCGCUGCUUCGCCAACCAGCUGCCGCCGCUGAACCCACUCUGCAGACCACGCCCAUUAAGCACGAUCAGCCCCAAUCCUUCACGUUCACAGAAAAAGCAGCUCCCCAAGCUAUCCAGGAGACCCCAGAAGUCCAGCGCGCUCGGGAGGAGCAUCUGAAGCAGUUCAACGAAGCCAUCCUGCGACAGGCAGUCGACGUCCAACAGCAGCCACUGAUUUCCACGGCGCCCAUUGCUCCGUUUGCUCCUCAGGCCAUUUUUAAGAGCCCCAUUGCCCAGGCACCGCAACCCGUCCAGGACACUCCUGAAGUCAAGCUGGCCCGUGAGGAGCACCUGAUGAUUCUCAAUCAAGCCAAGGUUCAGGCCGAGGACAAGGUGGCCGACAUUGCGGACAUGAUCCGCCUGGAGGAGCGCGAGCGGGAGAGGGAGCGUCUGCAGGAGCUGGAACUGCGCAAGCAGGAGCAGAAGGAAGCCGAUUCGGAGCGCCAGCAGGAGGCAGAUCGUCUGCUGGAGGAAACCCGCAUUCUGCAGGCCGAGCGCCAAAGGAUCGAGAAAGAAGAUCGCCUGCGCUUGGAGACGGAAAAGCAGGCCACCUUCGUCGCCGUGCCCGAGAAGGACACUCCCGAAUACCUGCGCAAGGCGGAGCAGUUCAAGAUCAUCAACAACCAGGUCCAACCCCAGCAGCAGCCCAACAUCGUGACCCAGCAGCAGCAGGUGCAAAAUGGCUUCUUCCUGCGCAUCCAAACCAACCAGCCCAACUCCAUCCAGCCAGCCACGGAACCAGUGAGCACUCCUGCCCUACUGCUGUCCCAGCCGGGCUCCAAUCCCUUCCUGGUUCAAUACACCACCAAGGCAGCGGAGCUGCAGCCUCUGCCCGCUCCCAUUGCCUCCGAACUGAAGCAGCAGGUCACUUACACCGCUACGUCCCCCAGUGAACUGGACAAGGCUACCCGGGAGCACUUCCGGGCCCACGAAAUCGCCUUGGAGCAGCUGCGCCUGGCCAACCUAAGGAACCCCUGGACCCCGGACUGCCAGCACUAGGAAGCCCGCGGGAAAGCCCUGCUCCGCCCGAAAUCAUCCCAAUCCGAAUCCGAAUCCGAAUCCGAGCACGAACUCGAAUCACUUGCAUUGCCUUAGGUUAGAUCACUUGCCCCCUUCCCACGUCUCCCAUCUCACAGCUCACAUCAUAACACGUACACUCAUAACACUCAUACUCGUAGGUACUCAUAUUCGUACACCUGUAUUCAUAGCUUGGCGAUUCACGCCGACGCCGAUUCAAAAUGCAUUCAGUUGAGAAACAA